GAUCUCGCGGAGUCUCGCGCACCGCGAGAACCUCAGCCAGUGCAAAAUAAUACUUCACCAACGAGCCAACCUAUUUACGCUGUUUUUACCAGUAACCUUUUUAUGGUGUGAAGCAUCAUACACCAGGCAGGAGCACUGUAAUCAGUGGUGUAUGGAAGUAUAAGCAGUGUUACCCACGUGUUGUUUGGUCCCACAGUAAAACUUACGAUCAUGAAAAUGGUUUUGUCACAGCGUCAAAGAGAGGAACUGAAUAAAGCCAUAGCUGACUAUUUAUGCAGCAAUGGCUAUAUGGAUGCCUUGGAAGCAUUUAAAGCUGAAGCAGACAUGCCAGGCGAGAUUGAAAGAAAAUAUGCAGGUCUACUCGAAAAAAAAUGGUGUUCUGUUAUCAGACUUCAGAAAAAGGUAAUGGAACUAGAAGUAAAAUUGAAUGAAGCUGAAAGGGAAUACAUUGCUGGUGCUCCCACGCGCGACAAACGAUCACCGUCAGAAUGGAUUCCACGACCUCCAGAGAAGUACAGCCUCGCAGGACACAGGGCACCUGUUACUAGGGUAAUUUUCCACCCAUUGUAUGCAGUGAUGGUGUCGUCAAGUGAAGAUGGCACUAUCAAGGUUUGGGAUUAUGAAACUGGAGAUUAUGAGAAGACAUUAAAAGGUCACACUGACAGCAUUCAGGAUAUAGCUUUUGACCAUAGUGGCAAGUUCCUAGUCUCUUGUAGUGCUGAUAUGUCAAUCAAACUGUGGGACUUCUCAUCAUACGAGUGUGUCAAAACGAUGCAUGGCCACGACCACAAUGUGUCCUCAGUCACUUUCAUGCCCUCCGGAGAUUAUCUCUUGAGCUCCUCCAGAGAUAAGACCAUUAAAAUGUGGGAGGUGGCCACAGGAUACUGUGUUAAGACUUUUACUGGGCACCGAGAGUGGGUGAGGAUGGUGCGAGUGUGCAGUGACGGCUCUCUCAUUGCCUCCUGCUCCAACGACCAGACAGUACGUGUGUGGCUUUCUGCUACCAAGGAGUGUAAGGCAGAAUUGAGGGAGCAUGACCAUGUAGUAGAGUGCAUUGCGUGGUGUGAAGGCACUGCCUCUGCAGCUGUGAAUGAUGCAGUUGCAACAGAUAACCGCAAGCCCAACUACCAGGGCCCUUUCCUGAUAUCUGGCUCAAGAGACAAGACUAUCAAGGUAUGGGAUGUAGGCGUUGGCUUGUGCCUCUUCACACUUGUAGGCCACGACAACUGGGUACGAGGUUUGUUAGUUCAUCCUGGUGGCAAAUACAUUCUUUCUGCCUCUGAUGACAAAACUGUACGUGUAUGGGAUAUUAAGAAUAAGCGAUGCCAAAAGACACUCGAUGCUCACUCUCAUUUCUGUACAUCAUUAGAUAUGCACCGGAGUGCACCGUAUGUAAUCACUGGCAGUGUGGAUCAGACCAUCAAGGUGUGGGAGUGUCGUUAAUUUGAGGUUGUGUGAGCAAGCCUCGCCCACCCCUCCCAUCAACCUGUUUGUUACCCCUUCCUCCUACUGCAUUCUGCCAUCACUGCUGCAGACAUUGCUGCUGCUCUUCAGGCUGUUGCUACUCCACUCUACCUACAUCCGAGCUAUUGUCUGUGAUGUAUCUCCUGCGGCUCUGCCACUUUUGUCCAUUCCUAGUUUUCUCCAGUGUGGCAGAUUGUCACAUCCAUCACAUCAAGCUAUUUCAAAGGUAGAAGGUGGCCAGUGUGCAGUAAGAGGCAAGUGGCACAGUGUGUGUGGGAGAGACUCCAAGUAAUUUAUUAUUUUAAU